AAAGCAAAGGUGGCGGCUUCUUUGUCUUCACAUCAGAAAAAAAUGGGCAGAGCUACUAGUUGUUCUUCAUCCUCUACCGCCAGCAGCACGCAGCUAAGAAAAGAUCUUAGCACAGAUCUAAGGCUUGGACUUAGCAUUUCAAACUUUCAACAAGACGCCCCUAAUUCUUUGCCAAGGGUGAGGGAUCAAACAUCAGAUUGGCCACCAAUCACGCCGCUUCUAAGAAAGGCACUUGAAGUAGAGGAUCAAAAUGAGAGCAAUAGUGUUACUUUCUUCGUGAAAGUUUACAUGGAAGGUAUCCCAAUUGGCAGAAAACUAGAUUUAUUAGCCCAUGAUGGUUACCAUGACUUGAUCAGAACUCUUGACCAUAUGUUCAACACAACUAUUCUCUGGUCUGAGGUAGAAGAUGAAGCACAUUCUGAGAAAUGUCAUGUGUUAACUUAUGAAGACAAGGAAGGAGAUUGGCUGAUGGUUGGGGAUGUUCCUUGGGAGCUGUUCUUAUCAAGUGUGAAGAGAUUGAAGAUCACAAGGGCAUAGAAGAAAGGCUGACUUUGAUGUUUUAUAACAAUAUUGAUAUAUUUAGGCAGAAACGUAUUGCUGAUGUAUAUGCUUAGAGCAAAUGAUACGUAUCAAGAAUUAAUAGUUCUCUUUUUUGGCUGUAAAUUUUCUGAAUGAUUAUGAUAUAUAUGUAGAUGAUAAUUUAUCAUUACAUGUAGUUUCAGAACAAGCUACUCAAAUGAUAUUAGGACUUGGAGAGAAUUGAUGACUAUUUUCAGUGCCUGAGAAGCCGUUCUUCUCCGAUUCUAUUGUUACAAUGAGUGCACUGCAUGUGGCUCCUACUCUAUAUAUUGGGAAUAAAAGUAUCACAUAAUUUGUGUCUUUUUGGAGCUACUAGAGAGAGGAAGAACAUUUUUCAAGGAG